UAGAAAUGUGUUGGUUGCUAAAGGAAUAACAAGAGAAGAAAAGAAGUCUGAAUUGUGAAGUUUUCCCAGUCUUUUUGUAAUAUAUUUGUUUUGAGUUGUUUCCAAUAAUUUAUCCGUUCACAUGGCAACCACCCUGGAUUUCAGGACUCAUGCCGACCAGUCAUGCAGAUAUUCAGAAGAAUUUGUCAACAUUUAUUACGACUGUAUGGAUAAGAAGAGGCGGAACUUAAUCCGCCUCUACCUGGACAAGGCCACCUUGGUGUGGAACGGGAAUGCGGUGUCGGGACAGGAAGCUCUGGGCGAGUUUUUUGAGUCACUGCCAUCCAGCGAGUUCCAGGUUCAAACACUGGAUUGCCAGCCUGUGCACGAGCAAGCAACCCAAGGCCAGACAACACUGCUCGUGGUGACCGGUGGCACAGUCAAGUUUGAAGGGAACAAACAGCGUUUUUUCAACCAGAACUUUCUCCUAACAGCUCAGGCUUCACCCAACAACGAUCAGCCCGUGUGGAAGAUCGCUAGCGACUGUUUCCGCUUUCAAGACUGGAAUAGCUGAGGCUCUGCUUUCCCCUGAAGUGUGCAAAGACCUCAGCAGUGAUCACCUUAAUAAUAAUCAAUAUUGCAUUUGUAUAUUCAUUUUUUUUUUUUGUAAUAAAAUAAAGUGCCAUACAACACUGAG